AUGUCGAGCUUCAUGACGUAUGCGUGUCCGGCGCCUUGGCUGCAGGAGGUGCCGGGUCCAACGGACUCAGUACCUACCGAGUUCUCGGUGCCAUUACCAGUGAACUUGCUUGGCCCCCCGUCCGUGCCCCCUUCGGGCAGCGUUGGGCAUCCGGAGCUUUGCAGCCGACCCUGUGUUCGCCUCAUGCGCUCGGGGUACUGCGAGCAGGGCAACGCCUGUCGCUUUUGCCACCUCCCUCAUGACGGUCCCGCUGCGAAGCCCGACCAGGUGAAGCGCCGGCUCAUGCAGGCGAUGUGUGAUGGCGAGCUGAUGGCGACUCUUCUGCCGCACAUCCGCACCCGGGCCCUCGAGGCCGGCCUCACACCCCAAGUGUUUGCGUUGCUGGCAGAACUGGAGGCGGAACUCCGUGAGGAGCUUGCACUUCGGCCGGUGGUGGAGCCUGUCCAGGUGUCUGCGAGGCAGGAAGGGAGUCUCAAGAGGGUGCUGGCACGAAUGUCUUUGGUCGCACUCGUCAAACGGUUUCCGACACGCUCUCCAAAGCGGAUCCAGGAAUUACUUGAUGCACUUCGCCGGGCACCGUCUGUGUCUUUGGAAUGGGGCCCAUGCUUGCGGCUCUGA